ACUGUAUGUAUAUUGCUUGAUCUGAUCUAUCCCUGUGCCCACCCUCUCCCUCACACUGUUCUGCGACCUUCGGACGAGCGAGCCUCCCGCAGCAGUUUUGAUGCCAGCAGGGCAAGCCACCGAACAGCAGCCACGACGCAGCAAAAGGAUCGCAGAUCUCCAACAACAACAACAACCUGCAGAUCGACAGCAGCCACAGACCAGCACUCAGAUGGCGAACACGACAAACAGCGGAACGUCAUCUGAAAGUUCGACGUCUGGCAAUGCCGAACCCUUACAAGUCUGUCCGGUGCAAGGGCCGAAUGAGCCCCUCCAGGACUUCAUUCAGAGAGUGCAGGACUAUACAGCCGCACUCACCCUUGCCAAAGAACGGCAAGAGGCUGCCGACGCAGAGAGACUACGGCUAGCAGCGGAAGAUGCAGCCCAAGCCCAGCGUCAAGCUGAGGCAGACCAGUUGGCGACCGACCAGCUCAACGCCGACAGCGCUGAACUUCUGCUUUCUAGCCAAGAGCAGUGGACAGCGGUCCUCAACGGGAUGCGUAAUGUUCCCGUAGCCUGCACCGAGCCAACGACAGUGCAACAGGAGAGGCAAAACCUGGCAGGCAUUCUACUCAACACGAUGCGCGCAGUCAUCUGGAACAGCACCAUGGGGGAACUUCAUUCCAAGGCCACACGACAACUGCAGCAAGAUCUGAACCACAACGUGAAGACACUUGCAGCAACCGUCAAGGUCGCGGACUCCCAGCUGAAACAGUUGGACGCCCGCAUUGCUACUCUGGAGGCGAGGCCUCCACAAGCAGCGCCAGGCUGCACGACAGACACGACGAAGCAGCUCAACGGGUGCAUCGAUCAUGUCGUCAAUCUCCUCGGCGACCUAGGUGCUUUCACUGGGCCGGACACGAUCAGUAGCACGGUGGCCGCCAUCAAGACGGACAUCACCAGGCUGCAGACGAGACCAGACGCCGCUACCAAGAAUUUCAAGAUGCCGCCGUUCACCAUCAGCAAGUUCGACGACUACAACAAGACCGACACUUUGACAUGGUGGCAAGGUUUCCUCACGGAAGCAUCCUGCCGCACUGUCCCGGCUGAAGACAUGUUGAAGGCACUCUACCUACAAUUGAUUGGAGGAGCGCAGGCAUGGAUGAAUCACCUGGCGGCUACCAAGCAAUGCAACGAAUCAUUUAAUCAAUAAGUUGAAUUAAUGAUUAAUACGAAAUAAUAAUUCUUAAUGAUAAUCGAUAAAACAAUAUUUGCAAU